UUUCAUUAAUCUGCACCAAAUAAAAAUAAAAAAAAACCCUUCUGAUCAAAAUAACAAUGCAAUAUGCAGAGUGAGGGCAUUCUAACAUGAGUAUUUAAACAGACCCAAGUAAUUUUUCCACUGGCUCCAGGAGUGUUCAUCGUUUAUUGCUUUCAAGAUGGGAAAGGUAACAUAAUGACUUUUAGUUAUCUAUUAUUUGAUGCAAUAUUAACAGCUAUUAUCAAUAGCAAUUUGCAAACACAAAAAUAAUUCAAAAUAUUAAAUGGAAAAACUACUUAAAUUUUUUCGAAAUUGAAAGAAGGGCAUUUUAUUGAUCAACUAAAUAUAUAUUGCACUGAAAAGAAUUAGAACUUUUUAUCAGUAUUUAAAGUAAGUUUAAAAUGAUUUCAAUCUACCUGCCCCUGACACACAUAUGUUGACACGAGUAAGCACUCGGCAAAUGAAUAUUCAUAUUCUGAAAGACUCUCUACUGAGAGCAAACUGCAUUUACCCAGCAACAGAGUUUACAGAAGAACCAGAGGUUCAUGGAUGUAUGGCUCUAUAGGAUGACAUUGACAUAGUACUGGUGUAUCUAUUACGUGUCCUUGGAUAUUGGUUCUCUACAUGUGCAUGCAAUUUGUGCCUCAGUGUUCCCUUAUGCUCUCUGUAGCCCUUGAUAUUGGAAACUGUCCAUGAACUACAUUAUAAAAAAUAAAUGCAUUUACUUAAACGUGCAUAGUAUAUGCAUAUGCAGACAGUACGAAAAGGGAGGUCAGAUGGUAGCUUGUAAAUAUUAUGGGAGAAGAGCUGUAAGCAAUCUAGGAAAGUGAAAAUAUUUUACUUUAUAUAUUUUUUUUUUCUAAAACUGUAGUAACAAAAUAUAGGCUAUAUUGUGUAUUUGUCUUACUGACCAGUGUUAGUUUGUGAUAUAUUUCAAAAUGAAAGCUAACACUAACGUGCCUACUCAAACAGUUAAAUAUGAGAAUAUUUUUCAUUCACAAGAUUGGCCAAGUUCUUCUUUGGUUUCUUUGCAUUGUCAUACUAUAUUAUAACUAAGAUGACUGGGAUGGAAACAAUGGUCUAGAUGUUUGAUCACAUUUGAAUAUGUUUGUCAUCUUCAUAAUUUAUUCUUUACUUCUUGGUUUCCCAUUCAGACUUUAAAGGCUAUGUAACGUUUUAUAAAUUUUUCCAACUAAGGUGCAUUAUGUUACCAGAAAAACCUUAGAUCUAUCCGCUUUAAGGUAUUUUAAUCAAAGUGUUGAACGCCAUUGUAUACUCACAUUAUUGCUUAAAUCAAGUCCUUAUUGGCGUCAAUGGGAGUAUUUUUGUCUAACACCUUCCUUCUUAGUUUCCCAGGGGUUUAUUUUAUUAAGGUUACAAAAUGUGUAGUCUUUAGAUUGAAAUUACGUGCCUGUUGUCAUGCCGUUAGAUGGCUGUUUCCUGCACAUUUUCUUUUUAUUAAGAGUUUAGCAUCCGUUACUGUGUCGAUUACUUGCAUUAUUACUUAUUGUAAAUAUAAUUAGUUAUAGUAAUGUAGUGAUGUAGUAAUUAUUGGACAAUUGUAUUUAAAUGUUAGCAUGUUCAGGACUGGCUUGAUAAUCACCGGUGAGUGUAACGUUCAUAUUCUCAGUGGUUUAAGGAAUAUAGGAUACCUCAUAUGGAGCUGUGGACCUUUUUAAUUAAAUGUAAUUAAUGAAGAAAGUUACUGUUAGAGUUACUCAAUUUAUUUUACACUUAUUUCAUACUUUUUGUAGAAAAGCUGAAACUUGUUGCUGAACAGAACAUUUUAAUACAUAAUCUGUGUAACUGUACUAGUAGAAGUAGUGUUACAGUAAUAAUACAAUGAUUCCCUAUCAGUGUUUACCAAACCAGUUCUGAGGAACCACCGGUAAGGGCAACAUUUCCUUAAUCUUUUUUUAAACGAAUGGGCAAGUCAACAAACGUGGAUUGAUGGUGGCUCUUGUGAACGCGUUUGAGACCCAGUGCAAGUUGUGAUGACUUUUUUUAGGGUCUGGUGAAAUUGUCACCAGUCAUGGGAUUCAAUCAUAGAGGUGUCACUUUAUAUUUCUAAGACCAGUGCUAUCCAAUCUUUGGCAUUUAUUCUAAUUUAUUUUGAUGAUAUGACUCGAAUGGAUCUGAGGUUUAAAAUCACUUUCAAUAAUUAACCCCUAAUUCCAGGUCAGAUUAACGUUGUUUAUAUAUGGCAUGGUUAAGGAGUGAGCUUUGGAAUUUUGGUGCAUGUAAAGUGGAUCCAAAGGUUAAUUGUCAAAUGUAAAAAGGAACUGUAAGUGUACUUGAUAUGGAAAGGGGUUUGUGCAAGAUAUAUGUAUAUUUAGCAUGAGCAUGUAUUUGUGUGAGUGACUGUGUGAAUUGGGCCCCACAAAUGUAAGUUGUUGGAACAGCUCCUGUGAUCACCAGAACACUACUGCAAUGGACUUUUAAUUUAUAUCCAGACCAAGCCAUGCCACAGAGUACUCGUGGAACAAUAAAUGUUUAGACCACACAACAGAGUCAAUGUAUAUUAAACAGAACAACCAAUCAGGCAAUCAAUAAAGGAUCAGUCUAUGUGUGUUUUAUUAAUCACCAAUCAAAUAUUGACAAUUAUUAACUAACGGCAUGGACAGCUCAUGGUGAAAGCAUUUAACAAAUCCUUGCUCUAAAACGUAUCUAGCGGAUAUUAUUAGGGUCUUAAUAGAAUAGGAGGGUGUAUGGAUAGAGUCUUCUUAGAAUAGAGGAAGAAUGUGGUCAUGAGCAAAGAAUAGACUAUGUACAUGUCAUCCUUGCAAUGUACAAGGUUGGUUGUCUUGCCUGACAUGCAAAAUAUGGGUUAUAUUAGACAACUUGGACAUAAUCUUCAGUUCAGCAGAGUUCUUGAUGCUGCCCUCAAUGUAUUUUUUUUUUUUUAAUUCUUUAUUUUUGCAUUGACAGACAUUUAAGGUGAUAUCAAUGUCGGCUUACGCAGAAGCCCAUUCUUCAAUUUCGCUUUAAUCAUGUUACAGAAAGGAAAGCUGGUUUAUUAGUGUACAUAAUAUAUAUUUUUGAGAUAUUCCGUGUGGGUUGCGUAGAGGCCGCCAUCGCUUAGUUUUCGUUUCGCCUGUCAAGGUUUUUUUUUUUGCCCUCAAUGUAUUUUAUAUAACCACUAUACAUUCUCUUUUCUUUUUUUUUUAAGAUAAUUAUUGUCAGUUUGCCUCAGGCUGCACAAAAACAAAAUAUGACUUGUAAAAUUAGAUGUCUUAUCAAAAUAUGAUUACAAACAAAUAGGCUGCAAACUGCAGACAUGCUGCUAAUUGUCUAGAUAAAUGUACCAUAGCAUGAUAUGCUAUAUUAUUGUAUAUAACAUGUUGAAAAUUGAUUUCUUCACUAACGUAGGUUAUAGAGACAGUUUAUUUUUUGACUUUCUUUUGCCUAGAUCAUCUUCUACGAGGACAAGAACUUCCAGGGCCGCUCCUUUGAGUGCAGCUCAGAUUCUUCUGAUCUACACUCACAUGUUGACCAAUGCAACUCCAUUCGAGUUGAAAAUGGCAGCUGGAUGAUAUAUGAGUGUCCCAACUACAUGGGAUAUCAGUAUUACUUGAAGAAAGGUGAAUAUCCUGACUACCAGAGGUGGAUGGGUUUUAAUGACUGCGUCAGAUCUUGUCGCAUGAUCCAGCCAGUAAGUGCUCGGUGUUUCUUUUCUAUGUGUUAGAGAUUUUUAUUUUCACUUUUAUCAACUGAUUUUAAAGCAUGUAGAAUAAAAUCAACCUCAUUACAAAGAGAUGUAAAGGAUCUUGUAGACCAGGGGUAGGCAACCUUCGGCACUCCAGAUGUUGUGGACUACAUCCCCCAAAAUGCUCUUACACCCAUAAUGCUGGCAAAGCAUCAUGGAAGGUGUAGUCCAAAACAUCUGGAGUGCCGAAGGUUGCCUAUGCCUGUUGUAGGCCAAGAUUAGAUCAAGAAUACAUUUUGCUCAUACUAAUAAUUAUGUCAGCCCCCUACAAUUUAGAUAUUUUUUUUGGGGGGGGGAGAUUGUAUCAAGGUAAAACAGGUGCUAUUCUAUGUGUACUAUUGUUUGCCAUGGUGAUUAUCCUUACCAUUUUGCUUGGAUGGAUUUUCGUCUUGAUAAAUCUCCCAUUAUCUCUUGUAGCUACAAUUGUAUUUUGAUUAUUAACCUAAUGAAGAGAAAACAAUAGAUUUGAUUUAAAACUAUCGGCAACAAUUUUUCUUAGUUCUGUUCAGUUAAAGGAAGUGUAAAGGGAACAUAACUACGUGCAAUAAAUAUAGGAUAAACACAUAUAAUUAUUUUUAAAAGUGUUAUUGGGGGGCGGAGCCAAGCAACAGAGCUGAAUGGCCGCAUGUUCACUGAACUCCAGGCCACCAAACAAAUCACCAGGCUCACUGAGCCCACAGCAUACCCUCACGCUAUGGGGAGAAAGACCAAGAAGCCAAGAGCCGAGAAACCGCAUAUGGGCAUGAACAUCGGCGAUCUAUGGCGCCAGGCCCGGAGGGGAGCAGAGCCCAACAUGGCUGACCUCUCAGACGACUCGGAGAUCUCCGAGGAUUUCUCAAUGGGAACACCAGGAGGUCAGACGCCUGAGCAGAGAACCAGUCAACCCACAACCCCUCACCUAGACUCGGCCCCGGUGACGAUGGCAAUCAUGAAGGGCCUCUUAGCGGAGCACCAACACACGAUCCAGGCCGACACGGCCCAGCUCCGAGGGGACUUACAAGGCCUCAUGACCCGCAUGGGCGCUAUAGAGAGUGACACCCAGAAACAGGCCCAACACACAACUCGUCUUCAUACAGCCAUACAAGAGCUAAAAACCCAACAAAACAAAAUGGAUACAGAGCUGGAGGACCGGAGGCGCACAUCGAACCUCAAGUUAAGGGGCAUCUCGGAGGAUAUCCCGGAGAAGGAACUACCACACUUCCUAUGUCGACUUCUCACAGGACUGCUAACCCAUAAGCAGGCCAAACAGGUGGGAGUGGAGGGGCUAUUCCGAAUUCGCAAACCAACGUCAGCACCAACGUCAGCACCGAGAGAUGUCUUGGUAAAGUUCCACAGCGACAAAGACAAAACAGCUCUCAUGAACGCAGUCCGAAACAACUCACCAUACCCCUUCGAAGGAAUGCAACUGAUGUUCUAUGCAGAUUUGUCCGGAAGCACUAUGGCAUGGAGGAGGUCACUUAAGCCUUUCACAGUGUUACUCCGAACCAACGGCUUCACUUACCGAUGGCGACUGCAACGCACACUGGAGAUACUAUACGGCACUGACACACAUUCUGUCAGUGAUCUCAAGGAGGCAGCCGACCUGCUACCUAAGCAGGGACUACCAACAAACGCCCUGGACACAGUGCGAUCGAGCACGGCAGCAUCCCUGCCUCACACCUGGAAUCCGGCAACAACACGCCCCUUCAUACCACGAGGAGCGCGACAAGAAGAACGGGCAGCUGUCACUACCUGAGCGGCUCCAGAUAGCCUGCAGAGACAGGCCUGAACUUACCUCACCACUGGAGUUGUGUUUUCAGUUAACUCUAUUGGAUCUCACUAAACUUUACGUUACCGUUAUUCUCUUAUGUUGAUGUUACCUACCACGUUUAGAUCCCACACCACACAUUGGAGGGCACUACAUGACAAGCCACCCUCAUCACGUCCCCAGCACUAGCGCUUUCUAUUGAUAGCACUUCGUAACUCGGAGCCUCCCAAACAUACACCGAGCCAAGUCACCCUGGGACUAGAGCCCUUAUCUCCACGGGAAACCCCCCAGGGACGGCAACAACCCACAGCAGUCCUCACGGGGACCCUGUACACAAACCAGCUAUAGCGAUCCCGAAAUCACAAUUGGUACACUUUUUUAAUUUUUUAUUUUUUUUUCUCUCUUUCUUAUUUUCAUUUAUCUUUAAAAGCUUUCUCGGUAGGCACCAAUCUAAGUACCCCUAUCCUGGGCUCAGACGGAGCAGCUCGGGAACCACCCCCGCGAGUACUGACACACAGGCACACCUACCUUGCCCACAGCGAGACGGAGCUCUCAGCCCGCACGUCACAUACAGCACUUAUACAAUGCUACAAGCAUAGCAAGCAAGAGGCCUUCUUGAUGCCUGAGCUCCAGCCUAGGGCUAAUCUUAGUAAUCACCCGUUAUCAAUCAGCACACAGCCAGACUUGGUUCUUGCAACACACAGCUUCCAUACUAUCAGUUAUUCCACACGCAGACCACACAAUCCAAGAUCUUAUACAUGUUCCUAUGUUACAUUAAGCUCACUUCUGCAUUACAAAAUAUUAAAAUACUGUGCAUAUGCUCAUGCCAAUGCUCACCCUGUAACCCUCGUGUGCGCUGUUGUGGCGCUUGACUUUACAAUGUACCUACCUGCACAACAAAAAUAAAAAAUUUUAAAAAUAAAAAAUUUUAAAAAUAAAAAAGUGUUAUUGUUUUCUGGACUGGAGUUGGGUGGGUGGGUGGGUGGGCCUUGAGAGUUUUAGGUGGAGUUUCAAGUUUUUUUUGUUUUAUUGUUUUUUAAUAUAGUCAUACAUAGCAAGCGCUGCCACAAAAGUGCCUCUGCUUGUCCUGAUUCAUAGUUUUAAAUAAUGUGCAAAAACAUGACCAAACAAUUCGUGUUUUGACUUUUUUGUGUUUAAUAAAAGCUCAAUGUUUUCUGGGUGUUCAAACAUUAGAAAACAUGUACAAUAUUAUUGUAUUAUUAGUAUAUAAUAUGAUUUGAAAGUCAGAACAUAUAUAUAUAUAUAUAUAUACCAACAUUUUCUUUGAUACCAUUUUUUUAACAUUGCUAAUCUUCACAUUUACUCUCAAAAUAAUACAUAUUUUAUUAUAAAACAUAGUGGUUACUGUAUAUUUAAAAGGUAUGUUUAUGUUAUCAUAUCAUUUAUUUACAGGUGUAAAAUAUAAUAACUUUUCAAUGUAUACUUCUUGCAGAAAAAAAAAAGAUUUUUUUAUAUAUAAAUAUUACUGUACUAUAAGAAAAACAGACUUGCUUACCCAUACAAAUAAAUUAGUCAAAUAAUGAGAUAGUGCAUACCAAAAUAAAGGGGGGCUUUGGGUGACAGAAUUUGUUUCUCAAACUGCUCAAAAACAUUUGACAAGAACAAGAGGGACUGCACCCAAAGGGUCCUUGCACCAUAGCCACUACAACAAGCUCUUUCGGUUUGGUGUGCUGAGUGGCCCUUUUGAACCAUGUAUGUAAAAGUGCUUUAGUUGUCUAUAUAUUGCCUAGACCAGAAUACAAUAGAAAUUCAAUAGUGUGAUGAUUUGUAUGAUAUUUAUUUUCACAGCACAGAGGGACCCAACAGAUUAAGAUUUAUGAGAAAGAAGACUUCAAAGGUCAGAUGAUGGAAUUCUCUGAAGACUGUUCCAAUGUCCAUGAGCAAUUCCAAUACAACAACAUCCAUUCUUGCAAUGUUGUUCAGGGGAACUGGAUCUUCUAUGAGGAGCCCAACUACAAAGGAAGGCAGUAUCUCUUGAGACCUGGAGAGUACCGAAGAUUCCAUGACUGGGGUGCUGUAAAUGGCAGGGUUGGCUCAUUCAGGCCCAUCUUGGAUUCCUAUUAGUUAACAUCACGAUGAAUGCUGAAAUAAAAUGGAUAUUUUAAUGCCCUCUUUCUAGUCUCAUUUGCAUGAAUUAAUUACUUAGUUACCUUAAAGUAAAACAAUAGUGUCAUGAGUAGAGGCAGGCUACAGAGACUGAUUUGUGAGGUCAUUAUUCCAUUUGGAGAAGUCUAUAGCAAUAUGUUUUUCAUAUUCUUUUUCUAAUUUUUGCAACACCUUCAG